GGCCCCUCUUGCAGAGUUUGGAUAAAUUUGGGGAUUCAAAUGCUUCUUAUCUAAGCAGUAAUAGUUGCUGAGUUGCAGACCACUGUGCACGUGGAUUUCACUUACAGAGGUUUGGAGCUGCGUCGAUAACGCACGGAAUGGACGCGAAUCCCUUCUUCUCUGAGGAGCCAAAGUUGCAGACAGGAAUACAGAAAAAGGUGUUCGUUAACAGAAGUUUGACACUUGAAAACAUCAAAUGCUAUGGAUUUGACAUGGACUACACCAUGGCAAUUUAUAAGUCUCCAGACUAUGAGAGCCUUGGCUUUGAGAUGAUAAGAGACAGAAUGGUGUCUAAUGGGUAUCCUCACGAGAUUCUACGCUAUACAUACGACCCCAGCUUCCCCACACGUGGUUUAGUGAUUGACACCACAUAUGGGAACCUCCUGAAGGUGGAUUCUAAUGGGAACAUUUUAGUCUGCAGUCACGGCUUUCGCUUCCUUCAUGGGGAAGACAUUCACAACUACUACCCAAACAAAUUCAUUCAAAGAGGGGACACUGACCGAUUCUGCAUGCUUAACACUCUCUUCAAUCUCUCAGAGACGUAUCUCUACACCUGCCUUGUGGAUUUUUUCACCAGAUGCACCAGAUAUGAAAACCUCAUGAAAGGUUUUCAGCAUGGUGAUUUGUUUAUGUCCUUCAGAAGUAUGUAUCAGGCUGUUCGAGAUGCAAUGGACUUCAUUCACGAUACGGGAGCCCUGAAAGAGCGAACCAUCAAGAAUUUGGAGAAAUAUGUUUACAAAGAUCCAAACCUCCCAGUUCUUCUGACCCGGAUUAAAGGGAUGGCCAAGGUUUUCCUCGCCACCAACAGUGACUACAACUACACUGAUGCCAUUAUGAAAUACCUGCUUGAAAGUACCAUUAAGUCUGGAAAGCCUCAAGAGCCAUGGCGCUCCUUCUUCGACCUCAUUGUUGUGGACACCAGGAAGCCGCUCUUCUUUGCUGAGGGGACUGUGCUGAGACAAGUGGAUACGAACACAGGAAAGCUUCGGAUUGGCACGUACACAGGUGACCUCCAAAACGGAACUGUUUACUCUGGAGGAUCUUCAGACGUCAUUUGUGAUCUCCUGGCGGUCAAAGGUAAAGACAUCCUCUAUGUCGGCGACCACAUCUUUGGCGACAUCCUCAAAUCGAAAAAGCGUCAGGGCUGGAAGACCUUUCUGGUCGUACCUGAGCUGGAAAAGGAGCUGAAGGUGUGGGAAGAGAAGAAACAAGUAUUUGAAGAACUGAAACACCUCGACCUCAUCUUAGCCGAGAUUUACAAGCACCUGGACAGCGGAAAUGUAAAGCCUUAUGACAUUGGCGCCAUUCAGACAAGAAUGAAGGUGCUGACCUACAGGUUGGACAAUUCCUACGGUCAGAUGGGAAGCCUCCUUCGCAGCGGAGCCAGACAGACGCUGUUUGCCAGCCAGCUUGUGCGUUAUGCAGAUCUCUACUCCUCCACCUGCACAAAUCUGCUGCACUACCCCUUGAACUACCUCUUCAUCGCUCCCCCAGUGCUGAUGCCGCAUGAAGCCCUGUCUCAACCUGCAGCUGAAUUUGUGUCAUCAGAGCUCUCUGAUAUUGUUAAGAUUAUCAUAAGCUAAGCUUGUGAAGAUGCUCCAGAAAAAGGAAAAAUAAGAUGCUCUACACCUUUGUACCUGUCCUUGUGUAUCUGCAGCCAUUAUGUGCCUCCUUUGCUAAAAACGAACUUAAUGCUCCAUCUAGUGGUGAUGAAAUGAUUUGCAAUGUAGUGUUUAUUUAAAGCUGGGGGUAGUCAGAUUUAGAUACACUUUUUGUUGUACUGGUUAAAAUGAUCUUUCUGUCCCGAUUGAAAUCAAAUACAUAAUGUGU